UGAACGUUCGGUCGGUGACGGAGCGGUGGAACAGCAAAUCGCAUUUGUUGUCGUGGUAUUAAAUAAUGGGUUUAUAAAUAUUUACCUACGCGCUUCUUAACUUCACAAUAAUGUUCAAUGACUCUUAGUGCCAAACUACAUUUAAGGAUGUAAAAGGAAUUUUGUUUAUGGAUUAAAUAAUGUUUGUGCAGUGCUAGUGCUAUUGAUAACGCUGUCAAGCUCAGCUGGGUUUCAACGAGCGGUAAAAAUCUCGCGAUUUUUUCUAGGUAGCGGAAAGCACUUUUGUGCUCCAGUUCCUCAAGUAACCAACAUUGGCCGUGAUCCAUAUUGCGUGUCCGCUCCUAUUGCGCGGGAACUUGCUUUAUUUUUAGCAUUCGCAUAUUUAUCGGUGUCGCGUCGUAAAUAUUAUUUAAAUUACGGUAUUUGCAGUGAAAACUUAACAUGCGGGCAAUUGAUAAGAUAGGUUCAUGAACAAUUAAAAAAAUCUAUGUGCAUCAAUAAAGUGAGUCGAAAAUGAGUGAACCUCAAGAGUCGGCAGCGAGCGACGCGGCGCUGCAGCCGGCCGUGUCAUCAACGUCGCUAGUGGGAGAUGCAUCUCCCUCAGGCUCCACAGCAUCCCAGAGCACAGCUGCAGCUUCAGUCAAGUCUGCAGAACCUACAAGACCCUCAAGCCUGCCGAAACCUUCAGGAAUCAAGCCUCCCAGCAAGAUUGGCAGGCUGUGUUCCAACUCAGCCCCAAAACCAGCAGUCCCCAUCUCUCCAAGGACAGACGGCAGCUCCGACGCCGUGAGGAAGCUCAGCGACGACUUAUCUAGAAAACAUUUAUCAGACCUCAUAGAAGCCGAGGAGGACGAGGUGUCCAGCAGUCUGCCCGACAGACCGCGCUCGCACCGCAAGGCAUCUACCAGCAGCACGUACAGCGUCACGUCGAUGGACGCGCUGUGGGAGAAGCACCCGCGGCGCCUCAGCGAGGCCGGCCUGCGCAGGUCCUCAGAUCACAGUGUUGUCCUAACGGAGGACACUGACAGCUUCAUUAUCGGCGAGCGCGUGUGGGUGGGCGGCACCAAGCCUGGCCAGAUCGCUUACAUCGGAGAGACUCAGUUCGCGCCCGGCGACUGGGCGGGAAUCGUGCUCGACGAUGCCAUCGGCAAAAAUGAUGGAUCAGUCGCUGGCGUCCGCUACUUCCAAUGCUCGGAAAAGCGCGGCGUGUUCUCUCGUCUGACGCGACUGACCCGGGCCCCGCUAGCGACACACGAUGGGUCGCCCACGUCAGACGCUGGUAGCGUUUUCGAGCGCCCCCCUUCUGGGGUGGGACGCUAUCGCCGCACUCUCUCGCCCAACGGUAGCGUGCGCAGCGUUGUUAGCAGCAAAAUGAAUGCAUCUAUUUCAACAACGACAAACGGGGAACUUCGCCUCGGAGACAGAGUCAUAGUAUCCAGCAGUCGUGGGAGCAAAGCUGGUACCCUGAAAUAUGUUGGCGUUACCGAAUUCGCUUCAGGCGUUUGGGCGGGUGUUGAGCUUGACGACCCGAUCGGCAAGAACGACGGCUCUGUUGAAGGAAAGAGGUACUUUGAAUGCGCGCCCCGUUUUGGUUUGUUCGCGCCCAUCGCCAAGGUUUCACGCUCGCCCUCCAACCGCAAGCCUGGAGCCUGCGCGAUCCACAGCAACGGCCGCAUGACUCCCAUGAGACGCUCCAACUCCCGCGAAUCUCUCACGUCACUCGGCACGUCGAUUGCGUCCUCGCGCGCGACGGGGGUGAGGCUCGGGGUGACGGCGCUCGCUGCUCAGCGAGUGGGUGGGCCGCGAGCGUCGUCCACCCCAGUCUCGGCGAAGAACGCACUGCAGGAGAUGCUUCGAGAAAAACAACAUCACUUGGAGCGACUGAUGCGAGAGCGAGAACUGGAGCGGACGGAGGUGGCCAAGGUGUCGCUGCAGGCCAACCGCGCAGAGACCGCGCUCGAGCAGCUGAAGAAGGAAGCCGCACAGACAAGCACUGAAAACGGCAAGCUGAAAGCAGAGCUGGACCGUCUCACGCAGCAGCUAGAAGACGAGAAACAGAAGGUGGAGGACCUGCUCUUUAAACACGAAGAGGAGAACAUCAACAAGGAGGACUACAAUAAAUACAAAGAUGCUAUGGAGGCCGAGAAAUACGCCCGCGAUCAGCGUAUCCGCGAGCUGGAAGCAGAGGUGGCGCUGCAAGCUGCGCGCGCGGAGGCGGCCGCGACAACUCUGCGCGCCGGCGACCAGCAGCGCGCCGCCGAGCUGGCCGCGCUCGCCGACCAGCACCGCGAGGAGCUCGCCGCGGCCCACACACUCUCAUCCGAGCUUCAAAAACUCCUGGACGAAGCCUACGCCCUGCUCAAAGAAAAAGACAGCGAGAAGGAUUCCAUCGGCAAGAGCAUGUCCGAGGAGCUCUCCAAAGUCAAGACCGAAGCAGAAAAGGCCUUGGCCGAGGCCAAAUCUAAAAUCUCCAUCGCACAAACCGAGUUCGACACUCAAAUAUCCGUCCUCACCGCUAAACUACAACUGGCUGAGUCUAAGCUGGAAUCGGAGAAACAGAACUUGGAAAGGCUGAAUAAGGAGAACAGUCAGACCGUUAUUGACUUGAAUGCGAAACUAGCUCAACUCCAGGCUUCUGUCGAUGAUAAGACGCAUGAGUUGAAUAAAGUUAUCGGGGCAAGCAAAGAACACGAAUUGAACCUUAACAAGGAAAUAACUAAGCUCAAAAUGGAACUCAGCUCAAAAAUAUUAGAUUUAGAGCAGUUAGAAGAAGCAAAGACAAAACAAGAUUCGAGCUGUAAAGUCUUGCAGGAAGAGAUCGCUAAAGUCCGGGAGGAGCACGCAGCUAAAAUUAACGAGUAUGAAAGCCUAUUAAACGAAAUUACGCAACAAAAUGAAAAAAGAAAAUCAGAUGUUGCAGAAUUACAGCAAAGUUUAGCUGCCAAAACGAGGGAAUAUGAAAAAUUACUUCACGAAUCAAGUGACUCUUCCAGUUCUACUGAACAACUUAUAAACGAAUACAAACAAAACAUUCACGAAAGAGACAAGGAAAUUAUAAAAUUAAAAGACGAUUAUGAACAGGCUACGGCAAACUUUAAUAUCAAGCAUAGCAAAAUUGCAGAAGAACAUAAGAAAGAAAUCGAUAAUCGUAAUUCAAAAAUAGAAGAGCUCAUGAAAGAAAUAGAGAAUCAUAAGCAAACUUUAGAUCAGAACAAAGUGGAGCUCGAUACUCUUAAUUCGCAAUUUACACACAACGCAGAUGAAUUGAAGGCAGCAAAAGAAGAGAACGAACGCCUCAAACAACAAAUAAAUGAACUAACUCAAACCAAUAAUGAUUUAAAAGCUAAAGUAUCUGCUCUGAUAUUAGAGAUCGGUGAACUAAAACGAAAUUUUGCCAGUACCUUGGAAAAGUGUGAAGACUUGCAGAAAUCUAAAGAUAAAAUCGAAGCUGAAUAUAUGAAUCUUACUGGGCAGGCGACUGACUCUAACGACCAAUUUAACAAACUGUCGCAGCAUCUAAAAGAAUCAGAAAAGGCGUUGGAAGAAUUCAAAGAUAAAGCGCGUGAGGCAGCUAAUAUUCACGGUAGAACGGAACAAGAAUUGAAACAGAAACUAUUUAAGGUUCAAGAAGAUUUUUCGGUAGAACGUGGUCAAUUAAUAAAAUCAAAUGAUGAACGGAUAGAAGAACUGAAAUUGGCAGACGGUAAGAUUAAGGAACUUGAAAAUAAAUCCAAUGAGAUGUCUAAUCAUAUGAAAGAAUUGGAAUCUAAGGCUGAUCAAUUGAUGGACGAAAACACUAAUUUAAAGCAAGAGAUCGUUACUCUGAAAACUAGAGAACAAGAAUUAAACAACGAAUACGAAAUCAUGUGCAAAAAGGUACACGUAGAUAUUGAGAAGUAUAAGGAAGAGAUUGCAAUUUUGAAAGCAGACGGGGCUACAUCACAAGUCACGCUAAUGGAAAAGGUAGACCAAUUAACUGAAGCUCAGAAUGAGUUGAAUAAUAAAUUGGAAGAAGCUAGAAAGAAUGAAGAUUCUUUACAAAAAGUUAUAAAUGACAUGAACUUGCAACUGGGCAAUCAAAAGAGCCAAUAUGAGAAAGAAUUAGAACAAGUUCAUAUACAGUUAAAUGCUGUGAGUGACGAAUUAAAAGCAACCAGGGGCGAGGGCGAAGAGCUGAAGCAAUCUCUACAAGAAAAGGAAAACAGCAUUAAAGAACUUUCACGCAAAUUGGAAAUGCUAGAUGUAGAUCUGAAAUCUAACUCAGAAAUAAUAACUGAAAAAGAUCGCCAAAUUGCACAAAUUAACGUAGAACUCAAUGGUGCUUUAGAAAGUAAGAAACAGCUAGAAGAAAAACUUAAUGCAAGUACACUAGAGUACUCUACUUUGAAGCAGCAAUAUGAAACCCUUGCUAGUAAUUCUUCCGCCGAAGAAUCCAUUUUAAGGGAACAACUUAACCAGUUAGAAUCUUUACGAAAAGAAUUGGCGGUUUUAAACCAAGAAAAAAACACAAUCGAAACCAAAUAUCAAGAAGAAUCAACCCAGUUAGAAAAAUUAAAAAUAGAACACGAAGAAACUUAUAAAAAACUAAAUGAAAACAUUACAGCUAACGUCAACCUUAGUAAAGCUUUAGAAGAACAAAAGAAUGCCAUUCAAACUGAAAGUCAGAAGAGUGAAAAUAAUUCCACCAAGGUUAAACAUUUAGAAGACGAAAUCUCCCGACUGAGUCAAGAAAUCCAAACCUGGGCAGCAAAAGAAAACGAAUUAAAUUUACUAAAUGAAAACUUAAACAAAACAAUAGCUGAAUUGAAAAACCAAAAUGAAGAAUUAAAUGAAAACUAUAAAGUAGAAACAGAAUCUCUAAAAAAUACCGUUAAGCCUUUACAAAAUCGUGUAGAAGAGCAAGAGAAACAAUUAGAAGAGCUACAACAAGCCAAAGAAAAGGUGACUGAACUGCAACAAAUAAUUGCCAAAUCGGAAAGUGAUAUUAAGCAACUAACAAGUAUAAAUGAAGGCCAAAAGACGAAUUAUGAAGAUUUGAAUAAGCAACUGCAAAAACAGUACGAGGAGUACAAAAAAGAAGCCAAACGUGCAAAACACGAUCUAAAAGCUCAAGUAGAAAUGUAUGACAAAGAAUUGAAAGAAUCCAAAGAGAAAGUUAAAGUGGAAAUGGAAAAGCAAUAUGCAUUGCAGCAAAAACUGAGUGACGCUGAAAAAAAUAUAGUAGAAUUAAACAAUAAAUUAGAGUUAGUGACAGUUCAGCAGAGCGCUACUGUAGAAAAAGAUGAUAAGUUAGAGAAAUUGACAUUAGAGUUGCAAGCUAUCAGAAAAACCACCUCCGAAGCCUUAUCGAAGAACGAGACCACUAUUAACGCGUUGAAGAAUGAGGUAGAGCAAAGAAAGAUGGAGUUGAAACAAAAGCAAGAGCUUAUUUCAACACUCCAAGAAGAUGUAAAGAAUCAUAAAGUCAAAGCCGAGAUAGCCGAGAGAGAGAAGGUACUAAUGUUGAAAGACAUGGCGUCUAAGGACAUCCGCGACAAGAAUGAUAACAACGCUGUAGGGCUGCACGGAGCUGGCGACGUUCCUGUAAACGUGGAACAACAGGCUGAAAUGGAGGGCCAGGUGUCGUUCCUGAACUCGGUGAUAGUGGACAUGCAGCGCAAGAAUGAGAUGCUCCUAGCCCGGGUGCAGGCGCUCGAGGGCGGGGCACCCGAUGAGCCCGUCUUCAACGGACGCAAGCCGCGAGCAGUAGCACCGCGACUGUGGUGCGACAUCUGCGACGUGUUCGACGCGCACGACACCGAGGACUGCCCGCGCCAGGCCGCCGGCACUCCGCCCGCCGCGCCGGCGCCCGCGCCCAGCGGCAAGCGGCCGCCGCCACCUCCGCGGCCCUACUGCGACAUCUGUGAAGUGUUCGGGCAUGCGACGGAGAACUGUGAUGAGGAGGAGACGUUUUAACACCUAAUUUAUUGCACCUAGCUUUAAUGUUACCGUUGUUGUUACUCCUUACUUGGGAAUUAUUUAUUAAUAAUCGUUUACCAACUUUUUUGGUACGACUUAUUUACUUGUUAAAUCUUUAACUAAUAUUUGUAAAUAAAACAUUGAUCUUUAAUGUUUAAGCUACAGUUGCAUGAUAUUUUAAUAUUAUAAGGUGAAUGGUACUUUUUCGUGUGCAUUAUCUGGUUUAUAAUGCACAUAGAGAUGUUCAUGGCACAUUUUAUAUCAUUUCCAUCACAAUCAUGAUUAUUAUGAUAUUCUUCAUAGCCUAAUAACUUUUAUUGUUGUUUUAUGGAGAUAUAGAAAAGAAACACCAAAUUUAAGAUUUUGUAUAAGCAAUAAAUUAAUAUUGAAUUUUA